AUGCCGGACCAGAACUACCAGUCUGAUAUGCGCAGGUCGAUAUUCAACAAGGGCCCAGACUUCACCUUAGAGACCUUCUCGAGCCGAGACUUUAUCGUCAAGGACUUCAUCGAGUCCCUGUCUGACGCUGCCAUCCAGCGCCGCUCCGGUGGCAUCGGCAACCAGCCCUUCGACCCCAAACCCCUGAUCCGCGCCUUCGAACAUGCGCAGCGCCGCCUGACGGAACUCUCAGGAGACCUCGAGCAGCGCGAGAACGAGCUGUCUGCAGCUGUCCGGAAGGCUGAAGCUCAGCACACGCAGAAUGCAAGCAACCUGGGCUGGAAGCUGAACCAGGCUAUCGAGUCCUUUCAGAAGUUGGACACCUCCCUGAACGGACCCCGUCGACCUUCUACACGAGAUGGGCCAGGUGGGAAUGGCAAUGUGGCCGUUGAGACGGGGAAGAAGCUGGAAGAGCUAGACCGGCAGAGACGCAAGGCUCUUGAUGCGCAUUUCCUUAUUGGAUGCUGGGACGAAGUGAGCAACCGCGGCGAGCUCACGAUGCUCGAGAACCUGCGACGGUCAGGCAACGCAGAAGGAAAAGUACGGUCUGCGCGCAUUGCCAGACAGCUGCUGCGAAUAAGCCAGAGACUGGACCCGUUAAGCUGGAGUGAAAGCAAUGGAAGCACAGAUACCAUACCACCCAGCCCUGAUGACCACUCAGGGACGAACGGGACCACGCCCAGAAGGAGAAAUACGCGGGAGAUCAUUGAGAAAUUCUCAGAGACGCUGGAGAAGGACCUGCUGAAGCAGUUUGAUCACUUCUACCGAAAGGCGAACUUCGAAGGCAUGAAGGAUUGCGCCAGUGUCCUACAUGAUUUCAACGGGGGAGCCUCCGUUAUUGCUCGCUUUGUCAACCAGCAUCAAUUCUUCAUCGAUCGCAGCCAGCUCAUAUCAGAAGAAGUCAGCGGAGACUCGGAGGCCUGGGAACAGCUCGCUGAUCCUGAUGCUCUGUCUCCUGGAGUAGAGCCCAGCCUGCAGUCGCUGGUCGACGAAGUCCAGGUUGUUCUACAGGACGAAUCGUCUAUCAUCAAGCGAGCUUUUCCUUACUAUGAACAGGUAUUAUGCAAGUUCCUGCAGCGAGUAUUCCAGCAGUCGAUACAGCAACGUUUGGAACUGGUUUUGGAUAAGGCCAGCUCGGUUUCGUCUCUGGCAUUUUUGAGAACACUACAGUCAGCUCGCAGCUAUAUAAGUGCCCUUGUUGACGACCUGAAGGCACAUGGAUUGACUGAACAUCCUGACACAAUAUCCUCACAAACAGCUAUCUUCCUUGACCAGCAGUUGGAAGAACUGUUCAUUCCUUAUCUCAUGGGCACAUCAUACAUCGAGAGGGAGAAGAACAACCUGGAAGAACUCUAUACAUCUCUCAUGUUCAAAUUCGCAACCUUCCACUCCCGGCGGAAGAAAACGCCAACCACUUUCAUGUCCUCUCUCGCAAAAUCCGGAAGUGAGCUGCUGGCUUCCGCAAGAGAUGCAUAUAUGAACAGCCUGGACACCUCUGAUUUCACUCCUACACAGCGCAAAAUGCUUCUACGAGUUGCCGGUCUCAAGGAAAACGGUGAAAUGCAAAAACAAAACGAGAUUGAACUCACAGAAGAAGACGGCCAGCUAAGUGUGGCAUUUGCCAAACGUAUGCUUCGAUGGCUGGCUGAGGGAGUGGGCAGAAGCCUAGAACUCAGCGUGAGCAGCGAGACACCCAAGGAUGUAUCUACGCUCCUGAACAUGCUCCUCUCCAGAAUGGGCGAGGGAUACAUAGAAAUGGCCCUUGACGCUUCUUUAGAGUCAGCUCAUGCACAGGAAUCUGGUAAAGCUGAGCCGGAUUUCAACUACUUAACUACCCUAAGGACGGCUAUAAGUGUGACAUAUUUGAUGAUGACUUGUAUCAACGCCGUGCUUGUCCCACUGGCCGCCUCCAAUAUAACAAUAAAACGAGACAUGGAGAAGAAGACCAACCUUAUAAUGCAUCGCAUUGAGGAGAAGAUCAAUUCCAUUGAACAAAAGACUGUCGAUGUGACUCUUGCAUGGGUUGCACGAGUCCUUUCCGGCCAGAAGAAGAACGACUUCCGGCCCAAGGAGGGCGUAGCAGAUGAGACUGGAUGGCUAGAGAUGCUACAGACACCGACAUGUGCAUCUAUCUCUGGUUUCCUGACUCGCCUCCACAAUAUCACACUUACAUCAUUGCCGUCCAGCGGCUCCAAUGUCCGCGUAUUUCUCACUGAGAUUGCGCUAGGGACCAGGGCAUUACUCCUGGAACAUUUCAAGAAGUUCCCCGUCAACGCUCCUGGUGGCCUCAUGGUUACCAAAGACAUGACCAGAUACACAGAGUUGUUACGGUCAUGGAACAUAGACGAAUCCGUAAAGAGUGUCGGCGGAGUACUUGAUGUCCUGCUUGAAGUUGGCAGUCUCUUCGUUAUCGGCCCACAAGCACUCAAAGAGCGUGUAAGAGCUGGAACAGCCGGAGGAGGUAGCGGUACUUCAUCAGGAGGAGGCAGUGGCGGGACAACGAGCGGAAGUCAGAGCAAAAAAUCUAAUGCUAGUUUGAGUGUACAGGAAGUACGGGCUUAUGUCCUUCGUCGUGAGGAUUCAGGAAGUGCAGCAAUGCAGGGAGUCUUUAAUGCAUUUUGA